CUGUCCCGCUACGCCGUAGACGUGCUACGCGCGUUCAAAGUUACGCGAGUGUAGUGUGUACGAUAGCAGAAUGAAGAGCAUGAAGCAUAUAGCGGCGGGUGUGCUGCUGUGCCUGAUGGCAGGAGUUGUGGCUAAUCCUGUCAGACGAUCACCUGACCUGGAAGCAAGGCGUAGAAGUGCUAUUGAUCGGAGUAUGAUUCGAUUUGGCCGGUCCUACCCACCCGAACCAUCCGCAGCAGACAUUCGAGAAAGCCUUCAGCGUCCAUCACGACGAGGCAACAGUUUCCUCCGCUUCGGAAGAUCACAACCUCUCACCUUCACCACGGACGACCUCAUAACCCUCCUCAGAAGCUACGAAGACGACUACGAACCGGUCAAAAGGUCAUCUAACUUCAUCAGACUUGGACGCGAUCCUAAAUUCAUAAGACUUGGAAGAUCUACUGAAGAGGACAAACCUGGCUAUGAACAGAGUUCAGAAUUAUUUGUGAGUGGCUAUCCGCAAAGGAAGAAUCGAGCUCGAGACCACUUCAUAAGACUGGGCAGAGACAGCGAAGAAGUGGCAGACGUUGAAGAAGAAAUGGAGAAGAGAUCAGUCGACGCAUGUCAUAAUUGUGAGGCGUAACUGUAUAACCCUUCCAUUUUUCUACAGGCAGUGCCAAAUAUCCACAUCAAGACGGACGGUGCCAAAUAUUUUGCGAUCGCCGACUAGAUAACUGACUUUAAUGAUUAAAAUACUUUCAGAUACUUGAAAUUUUAAACUGAACUCACGAGAGUAAUGUUUGAAUCAAUUAUGAUAAAGGCUACGCGUACCCACGGUGCAUUAACUUAAUUAUUGGAUCUUUCAUUAAAGUAAACCAUAUAGUUAUGUAUAGUAUAGUUGCUCAUAGUUAAACGAUUUUGAAGCAUAAAGCGCUUACUCCUCCGUUUUUUUAACCAUGAAUCAUUCAUUUUCAAUCAUAUUGGUUCCAACAAAGAUCGUUGUAUAUUCCAAUUUUAUUAAUAUAAAUGUAUCCCUUUGUAUAUAUUGUUAAUCAUUUUCAUUUGGUGUGUGAGUGUCCGAUUCUUAAGGCUGGGUUUAUUCGAUUCGGAUACUUGCAUGUAAAUUAACUUUUAUAAAACUAAAGUAUUUUAUGAUAAAUGUCAAUUUAGGUGUAUUUAAACAAUUGUUG